AUGAAUAGCAAGUCGGUCAAUUCAAAUGACAACUCACGCCAAAUACCUCGUAAAUCUCAAUGGGCUACCCUUCGCAGCCUACGGAAGGCAUCGAUGUAUCACUACAACCAGUUUGCCAAGGCGACCGCCGACUCAACGUUACCCGAAACCCGAAGGUUGAGGAAGUCCUAUGUUACCGCGAAAAAUAUGCUGGAAAUGGGGAUAUUGACUUUCCGAGACGUUCUCCAUGGGCAGACCCCUACGACUCUUAUGGAUAUCUUCGCCUUCGCGAGUCUCUCAUAUGUAAUAUCAAAGACCUUACAUGCCAAUGGCCACAUAGAGGAGUCGGAUAUUCUUUCCGGUAUCUUGGACUGGCGAGCUGCUAUUAUUGAUGAAAGUGAAAGGUCUGCUUUUGACGAGAUCGCCAAGCAGCUGUGGCCAGAGGCAAAGGAAAUUAUGCAUUUCUUCCCCAUUGGGGGGAAGGACAUGAAUCUAGAAACUACCGGCUUGAGACGUGACGAGAGCGAAACGAGACUUGUACAAUCUUCCAUACCUCGAGAAGUAUUGGAUGCAAAGUCAUCAAGGCGAAGUGAAGAGCACAUCGCGUCGCAAGAGUAUCCUUUGCUCUCCCCAUCGACUCAUGAGUAUACGCCGAUUUCGCAAGCGAACACAUUUCCUGCACCAUGUGCUGGCGAACUGCUAUAUCAUACUAGCGGACUUCAGGAUCACGUUCGUCAACUUUUCCAAGAAACAAAGUCACAUGAAGAAUUUUUGUUUUCAGCCUUUCUCAAUCUACCGGAAGAUCCCACGGAUCCAUCCUUGCAUCAAACAACUAUUCUGGAUUUCGAGCCGGAAGUUCCCAACCCAUCGCAGACAGGGUGUUUAAUUGAUAUAGAAUCGACUCCCAGCGAGUUACGAAGUUCUCCCCUCCAUAAUUUUGAGGAACCUUCUCCAUUUGAAUACAAAGACGCAAAAGCGAACGGCUCUGCUCCCCAUCGCCUCUUAAACACUACAUUGUUUCAAGUAGUAUCCCGCUUUGUGAUUCAUGUUUCUGAGAUGGGCGAUCUACUAAAUGUCCUCUCGGGAGGAGGAUUGACGUCUGGGGCGGGUGGAAUUAAGCCCGCUCAUCCACGCCAGCCUUGGGCAACUUUCGAGUUUCUUGAUCAAGCCCCCGAACAUAUUUUUCGACCUCUACAUCACGAAGCUGUUCAGAUCGAUGAGGCUUUCUGCGGGAUCGUCACUAUGGCGGAGAUGUUCGUCAAGCUCGGCUCUCUCCAGACAGUCAGAGAAGUUGAAAACUACAUUAUUACAGUUGGUCGAUAUCUCACCCGUUCCUAUGACUUAUUUGUGAAAUUAGUAUCGAAGACUCUCAUCCAAUGUUUGUUUGCUUCCCAAAAAAUGAAGUGGAAUCUCCUCUAUCCCAAUCGCAUUCAAGAAGCCGACGAAUACUCCAUUGAGUACAUUGACAGAAGAGAGAGAGGUGAGAAAAAGUGGGCGGAUUCCAGCUUUGCACACCUAGACCUAUCGGAAGAUAUGCCAUCUCCCUCCUCAUCAACAAAUGAUGAUCUUCAGAAGCAUUCGCCCAACCCCCUGAAACAUUUUCACCAAGGAAAAUCGAAUUCAGCUGCAAAACGCCAUCGAAGAAAAAUUCCCGACACUGCUUCUCAAGGUCCAGUUUCAGGGUCGGAUGUUUCGACUAUCGAGUUGUGCCCUUUUGAUAACUGCUCAAAAUCUUAUACGGGCAGUGCUGCCCGUAACAACCUCUCACGUCACGUCAGAACCGAGCACCUGCAGAAGAAGACACUAAAUUGCCCGAAUUGUUGCAAGGGAAUGCGCCGCCGAGAUAACCUUCGCCAACACUUUUUGAAAGUUCAUAGUACACAUACACUACCGGAUUGGAUUGCCAAUAAAGGACGGGGUCUACGCGAUGCGCGACAUACUGACUAG